UCGCGUCGGGUGUCUGGGGUUAGGGUCAGCCAUGGGACGCAGCGACAGAGCUCGAGCAACUCCUCCUCCUUCCCAUCAUCCAUCUUCCCCAUCAAGAGACUCCCUCAGUGCUGGCCACCUGGGAUCUGUCGCUGUACCCAUCUCUCCCCUCCAAGCUUGUAAAAGAGCCCAUCAUGCACAGUCCUCCACCCACACCAGGCAAGCAUGGCAAUAGUCUCCUGCCAGCUACCUCGGUGGAGCCUAAUCAAAGCGCGCCAGAGGAGAUGCAUACAGCUCAGCAAGCAGCAGCCAUUGCUCUUGCAAAUGGCGCCAGACAUGCGCGUAAGCGAUCUGCUACUGAGCGCGCAGGCCUCAUGACGCCGAGGGAAACACCCAUGAAACGUACACCGCGCACGUUUGCCCAUACGGACAACUAUACAGGCAAGAUACUAUUCCCCAUGCGUGAAUCAGGGGAUGAGGUGUUUAAAGUGUAUGAAGAUGCAAGGGAGCCUGAUUUGUUUUCAGAGGACAAGGCGAAUCCAUUUAUGCAACAGCCUGCUGCAUCUUGUAAUAUGCCUGAACCGACAACGUCCCAUGCGAUGCAAAGGACACAGUCGAGUGAGUCUGAAAGUUGUCGGACAGCUGAGAAAAAUCCAUUCGCCACACCACGCGGCACGCAACCACCUGUGGAUCCUACGCAUAUUCCACCCCACCCACUCGAAGUCGAUGGUGAUGCGCCAGCAGAUCGUACGGAUGGCCUCUACUACAUUGCUCGUGGGAAACGCAUCUUCAAGCCCUUUGCAGAUGAAGCCGAUAUGCUCGACUAUCAUCAAAGCGGACCACCACCAAAGCUCCUCUUCCAAGCAGAAAUCAGGGAGCAGCAACGGACGGCCCAGGCACGGACUCAAGCUCAUGACAAGAUUGAUGAGGCGAUGCAAAUCUAGAGACACCCAUUCACAGUCACCCGAAUCGCUUUGUAUUACUUAUUCAUUU